GGUGCACGCGGGGUCGGCCCGGGCGCCUCCGCGUGCCGUCAGGCCCCUCCCGGCCGCCCGCCCCCCCGCCGCCGCGCCGCGGUUGGUUCGACCCGGGCCUCGAGGCUGCGCGGCCGCAGCGCCGACCCCAGAGCAGGCGGCCCGUCGCCGGGGAGGAGAUUCCAUCCGCAACAUGCCGGACGUCGAGGAGAAAGUGCCCCUGAAGGACCCAGGCGAUGCAGAGUGCCGGUCCUGCAAGCCCGAAACGUCAGCACCGACCCGGGAAGACCGGAGCGGCCCCGAGGCCCACCCCGCCUGUCUGAAAGAUACAGUUGACAACGUUUCUAAGCUGAGCAACAAGAUUGGAAUGAAUCAUGAUUUCCACAUGGAAGAAAAGGUUUCCCCUCCAAGCAGUUUGAAAGGCAAGGUCAAGGAGACAAUGCACAAUGACUUUUGGGACCAUCUCAAAGAGCAAUUGUCAGCUACUCCCCCAGACUUCAGUUGUGCUCUUGAACUUCUGAAAGAAAUUAAAGAGAUCCUGCUCUCACUGCUCUUACCGCGCCAGAGCCGCCUACAGAGUGAGAUUGAAGAAGUGCUGGACACGGAGCUCCUCAGGCGGAAAGCAGAACACGGGGCCCUGAAUGUCCCUCUUCUCUCUAAGUACAUUCUCGACAUGAUGACUCUGCUGUGCGCGCCAGUUCGAGACGAAGCAGUGCAGAAGCUAGAGAACAUUACAGACCCUGUUCUGCUACUGAGAGGAAUCUUCCAGGUUCUGGGCUUGAUGAAAAUGGACAUGGUGAACUAUACUAUCCAGAGCCUUCAACCACACCUGCAGGAACAUUCCAUCCAGCACGAACGGGCGACAUUCCAGGAACUCCUCAAUAAACAGCCCAAUGGUGAAAAGAACCUUAGUCUUGAAGCUUUAGGGAUGCGGAUGCCCAGGGUGCUUGCCCGCUCGCUUCCUGUCUUAGGCCUCCUUGACCACACCACCAAGUGGCUGACCCAAGCGGCUGCAGACCUCACCACGCCACUUCCGACUUGCCCGGACGCUUCCGACUCUGCCACUGUGGCCUGCUCCUCUCCGAACGAGGCAGUCGGCAGCCCGGAGCCCCCGAGCCCUACGAUGGUGCUGUCCCAGGGGUUCCUGAACCUCCUUCUCUGGGACCCUGCAAAUGAAGAGUUCCCUGAGACACUGCUGAUGGACAGGACCCGGCUGCGGGAGCUGGAGUCCCAGUUGCACCAGUUGACCGUCCUGGCCUCAGUUUUGCUGGUGGCCAGCAGCUUCUCUGGCAGUGUUUUGUUCGGCUCACCUAGGUUUGUGGACAAGCUGAAACGCAUAACCAAAAACCUGAUGGCGGAGUUCGACUCCAGGCCUGAAGAGGCUAUGCGGACUGUGAGUGAACAGGUGUCUCAGGAAAUCCAUCAAAGCCUCAAGAAAAUGGGCCUGGCUGCUCUGAGCGGUGACAACACAGCAUCUCUGUUGGGACAGCUCCAGAACAUUGCCAAGAAGGAGAACUGUGUCCGCAGCGUCAUUGAUCAGCGGAUCCAUUUGUUUCUCAAAUGCUGUCUGGUCCUCGGUGUGCAGCGAUCCCUGUUAGACCUCCCCGGAGGCCUUACUGUCAUUGAAGCAGAACUGGCAGAACUGGGCCAAAAGUUUGUCAGCUUAACGCAUCACAAUCAGAAGGUGUUUGGCCCCUACUACACAGAGAUCCUAAAAACCCUCAUCCCUCCAGCCCAGGCCCUGGAAGCGGAGGUGGAGUCUCUGUGAAUGUACCGGCCCCAAGCCUGGCCUCUCGGACCUGGAGAGAGCUCGGCAUUCUCCUGGGGUGACCUCACCAGUGAAACAUCAGAGCAGGAAGGCUCCUCCCCUCCCGCAGCCGGGCCACCAGGGCUGAAGUGAGCAGCAUGUCAGCACCAACUGGCCCAAACUCAUUCACUAAUAAACUUCUGCACUGCAAGCAAACCUCCGCUCUUCCUGUGCCGUGGCUGU